AAAAUGUAGGCUUUUGUUUUACAAAAAAAAAACACUACUGCUUAUGAGCAUUUGCUGAAAGAAAAUCAGUGUUUAACUAUUCGUAAUCCUUCUCUUGGAGAAAACCGUCAGAAAGUCAAAUAUGUUCAUAGUUCGUUCAAGAUAAAUCUAAAUGACACCACCAUUGUCGAGGAAUCCAACGAACCUGUUGGUGCUGAAUGGGGAUUUGAUUUUUUUCCAUUUGAGUCUGUUGUGGAAGACCCUGAUGAUGACGACAAGUCAUUCAAAAGCCCUAUUGACGUUAUUAGUUUUGUGGUUAAGUGUCUUCCGUCAGAGGAUAAAACUGAAAAUAAUAACGGCAAAGAUGAGAAGAAGGCUACCUUUAUUCUGGAAGAUUUGCAACACCAGCAGAUUUACGUUACUUUAUGGGGGGUUUAUGCUGAUCAGAUUAUAGAAUUUCAAAAAAAAAAAAACAUAAGGAUGAAAAGAAUGUUGUUGUCGUUGUGCAGUUUGGCAAGUACCGGUUUUGGGGAGGUAUAUUUUAUAUAGUGACUGUCAAUUUUCAAACAACUUCAUAUUUAAUAUAUUCAAUGUUUUAUUUUUUUAUAUGUUUCUUUAACUAAACAAGAAAUUUGUUUGUCUCCAAUUUGUAUACUGUAACUCGAGUGUUCAUAAACACUGAAAUUCCCGAGAUUUUGGAAUUUAAGAAAAGUUUCCUUGCUCAACUUAAUACGUCAACGUCUUCCGGUUACUCUGGAUUGAGUUCCCCUGUUAUGAAGUCAAUGGUUGAGGAGUAUCUUUCUGAUAUUUCCUUUAGUACAAUUGGAGCAUUAAGCGGAAUAUCCGAAGUAUUCUUACAAUUAAUAAUAUUUUCUUAUUAUACCUUUUGUUUUUUUAAACUAUCAUAAUGCAGUAAAUUAUAUAUAUAUCUAUACAGCAAAAGUUUGUUAUUAUACUGGGAACAAUUAAAAGCUUUGCCUCAGAAGACUCAUGGUUUUACAAUGCAUGUAAAACUUGCAACAAAAAGGUUAUUACGAACACUAUUUGCAAGGACAAGGAAGAUGGAAGUCAAGGAUAUGAUGAAGUAACUGUCUUGGAAUGCCAAACUGAUCGCUGCAAUAAAAGGACUGUUGUCUCUGUUCCCAGGAUAAAACUUCUAAUACGUGUUCAGGAUUGUACCGGGAUUGUUACUUUGACGUUGUUUGAACGUGAAGUUGUUAGACUGCUAAAUGUUAACGCAAACCAGCUUUUGGAUAAUAACAUGGAGUUAGCCAGCGAAGGUAACUUUCCCAAGGAGCUGAAGGCAUUGCUAAACAAGAGGUUUGCGUUUAAGAUAGCCAUAGCUUCGUUUAACAUAAAAAAGAAAUCAGAUGGCUACUCGGUGUCGAAGUUGACUGAAAAUCCUUCAAUCAUCAAAGAUCUUGAUAGGCAUUUUGAUGCUUUCCAGCCUGCUGAUGAAGAACCUUUAAAUGCUGUUGGUUCUGAUCUAAAUCCAACUGUUAACAUUCAAAUCCGGGAUUCUGUUUCCUGUACCGUCGAUGAAGACACUCCCAUGUCCAAUUUAAACAACAACAUGUUUACUACACCCUUUGGACCUCAUAAUAGUAGUUAUUCAAAUAUGCUGGAGAAUGAACUUAAGCGUAAUUUGGAUGCGGUUUAUGAUGUGGAUUUAUGUUCUUCUGAGUCUUCAACUAAACCGCGUAUGGGUGAUUGUGAGAACAAUGAAGGUUUGGAUGUGAAAGCAAAGUUGGAAAAGUAGUUUCAUAAUUUAAUAGUCAUCUCAAAUUUUUAUAACAUUUUCUGAUGUUUUAUUUUGUUUAAUCUUUGUCGGUACAUUUAUGUCAGUACUUGAUGUUGGGUUUGAUGUUGAUUUUCGUUUAUUAUCGUCGUAUCAAUAAGAGAUGAU